AUGGCUCUGGGUGAAGGUAGCAGGCUGGGGUGCCCGGGGGUCCGAACGCAGCCUCUCCUGAUCACUGUGGGGUCUUUCUUCUGUCUGUCCCCAGCCUCCGGCCGCUCGCAUCCAGCCAGCCCCAGCCCACCGGGGCCACAGGCCAGCCCGGUGCUGCCCAUCAGCUACAGGCUGUCCCACACGCGGCUGGCGUUCUUCCUGCGGGAGGCGCGGCCCACGCCGCCGGCGGUUGCCAACAGCUCCCUGCAGCGCUCCGAGCCCUUCGUGGUGUUCCAGACCAAGGAGCUGCCUGUCCUCAAUGUCUCCCUGGGGCCCUUCACCACCAGCCAGGUGGUGGCCCGGGAGCUUCUGCAGCCGUCCAGCACCCUGGACAUCCCCGAGCGCCUGACUGUCAACUGGAAGGUGCGAGCCUUCAUCGUCCGCGCCCGUGUGCCCGCCUCGCAGCCCGUGGCCCAGGUGCUGUUCUACGUAGCCGGCCGGGACUGGGACGACUUUGGUGUCACGGAGCGGCUGCCCUGUGUCCGCUUGCACGCCUUCCGAGAUGCCCGGGAGGUCAAGAGCUCCUGCCGCCUCAGCGGGGGCCUGGCCACCUGUCUUGUGCGGGCUGAGCUGCCGCUGGCCUGGUUUGGGCCCCCGGCCCCGGCCGCACCGCCCAACAUUCGACACAAGUCUCCAGAAAGGCUGGAGCCCGAGUUGGCAGGGGAGAGCCAGCAGGCUGAGCUGUACUACACUCUCCAUGCCCCAGAUGCAUCUGGGGGCUGCGGGGGUACCCGGCGUGCGGCUGGGACUGGAGUGGGCGCCCGGGCGGAGAGCCCUCCCCAGCACCCGCUGCUGCGCAUAGGGAGCAUCAGCCUGUUCCGCCCGCCCCCCAGGAGGACGCUGCAGGAGCACAGGCUGGACAGCAACCUGAUGAUCCGCCUGCCAGAUCGGCCCCUCAAGCCAGGGGAAGUGCUCAGCAUCCUCCUCUACCUGGCCCCCAACUCCUCGUCUCCCUCCAGCCCCAGCGUGGAGCAUUUCACACUCAGGGUGAAGGCCAAGAAGGGUGUGACCCUUCUAGGCACCAAGUCACGGAGUGGCCAGUGGCACGUGACCUCAGAGCUUCUGACUGGGGCAAAGCACUCAACAGCCACCGUGGAUGUGGCCUGGGCCCAGGGCACACCCCUGCCGCCGUGGGAGGGCCAGGGGCCCCUGGAGAUCCUGCAGCUGGACUUUGAGAUGGAGAACUUCACCAGCCAGUCGGUCAAGCGGAGGAUCCUGUGGCACAUUGACUACCGCGGCCAUGGCGCUCUGCCCGACCUGGAACGGGCAGUCACCGAGCUGACGGUCAUCCAGCGGGAUGUGCAAGCCAUCCUGCCCCUUGCCAUGGACACAGAGAUCAUCAACACGGCCAUCCUUACUGGCAGGACCGUGGCCAUCCCUGUCAAGGUCAUUGCCAUCGAAGUGACUGGCCUCGUCCUAGAUGUCUCUGCCCUGGUGGAAUGUGAGUCUGACAAUGAGGACAUCAUCAAGGUAUCCAGCAGCUGUGACUACGUGUUUGUCAGCGGGAAGGAGUCUCGAGGGUCCAUGAAUGCCAGGGUCACCUUCCGCUACGACGUCCUCAAUGCCCCCCUGGAAAUGACAGUCUGGGUCCCCAAGCUGCCCCUGCACAUCGAGCUCUCGGACGCCCGCCUCAGCCAAGUGAAGGGCUGGAGGGUACCUAUCCUCCUCGAUCGGAGGUCGGCCCGGGAGAGCGAGGACGAGGACGAGGAGGAGGAGGAACGACGGCAGAGCACCAGCCGCGGCUGCGCCCUGCAGUACCAGCACGCCACUCUGCAGGUCUUCACCCAGUUCCACACCACGUCAUCGGAGGGCACCGACCAGGUGGUCACCAUGCUGGGGCCGGACUGGCUGGUGGAGGUCACCGACCUGGUCAGCGACUUCAUGAGGGUGGGUGACCCCCGCGUGGCACGCAUGGUAGACAGCAGCACGCUGGCAGGCCUGGAGCCGGGCACCACCCCCUUCAAGGUGGUGUCCCCACUGACAGAGUCUGUGCUCGGGGAGACACUGCUGACAGUGACAGAGGAGAAGGUCAGCAUCACACAGCUGCAGGCCCAGGUGGUGGCCAGCCUCGCCCUCUCCCUGCGUCCAAGCCCCGGGAGCAGCCACACCAUCCUGGCCACCACGGCUGCCCAGCAGACCCUCAGCUUCCUCAAGCAGGAAGCCCUCCUGAGCCUCUGGCUCUCCUACAGUGAUGGCACCACAGCUCCACUCUCUCUCUACAGCCCGCGGGACUAUGGGCUGCUGGUGAGCAGUCUGGAUGAGCGGGUGGCGACAGUGACCCAGGACCGGGCCUUCCCGCUGGUGGUGGCCGAGGCGGAGGGGGCCGGGGAGCUGCUCCGUGCGGAGCUCACCAUCGCCGAGAGCUGCCAGAAAACCAAGCGCAAGAGUGUUCUGGCUACAACCCCCGUGGGCCUGCGGGUGCACUUUGGGCGGGAGGAGGAGGACCCCACCUACGACUACCCGGGCCCCAGCCAGCCGGGGCGCGGUGGGGGUGAAGACCAGGCUCGGGGAGCCGGCCCUCCUGGCACAGGGGUGUCCCCACCUGAAGCUCCAGGGCUGGUCACCGCCAGCCCGGCAGUGCCACCCACAGAAGACUUCCUGCCGCUGCCCACGGGCUUCCAGCAGAUGCCGCGGGGACUGACUGACCUGGAGAUCGGCAUGUACGCGCUGCUGGGCGUCUUCUGCCUUGCCAUCCUCGUCUUCCUCAUCAACUGCAUCGUGUUCGUGCUGCGGUACCGGCACAAGCGCAUCCCGCCCGAGGGCCAGACCAGCAUGGACCAUUCCCACCACUGGGUGUUCCUGGGCAACGGGCAGCCGCUGCGGGUGCAGGGGGAGCUGUCGCCUCCCGCCGGCAACCCGCUGGAGACCGUGCCCGCCUGCUGCCACGGCGACCAUCACAGCAGCGGCAGCUCACAGACCAGUGUCCAGAGCCAGGUGCACGGGCGGGGCGAUGGCUCCUCGGGGGGCUCUGCCCGGGACCAGGCCGAGGACUCCGCCAGCUCGCCCACCUCCAAGCGUAAGCGGGUCAAGUUUACCACCUUCACCACGCUGCCCACAGAGGAGCUGGCCUAUGACUCGGUGCCCGCCGGCGAAGAGGACGAGGAGGACGAAGAGGACCUGGGUUGGGGCUGCCCAGAGGUGGCGGGCACCACGCGGCCUGCUGCACCCCCAAACCUGCACAAUUACAUGCGCAGAAACAAGGAGGUUGCAUAG